CCUGUUUUGACUGCGUGGACAGGGAAGGGAAGACAGUUGGCGGGCGGCGUCUCUCGGCGAGAAAUCGAAUCUUUAGUUUGCACUCACACUCUGUCGUAUUUGGGGGCUCCUCAAACAGCGAAGGGCAUCGGAAUUUCGGAGGAACAGAGUGACCCAGGCGUGAGACCGUGACAUCUCUUGAAGAAGAAGAAGAAGAGGUACGGUCGUCGUCAACUUGGUGAAUGAGGCGGAAGUCCGGAAGGCGCAUUUUCUUCCGCUGAGGCGUACGCUCCUCACAGAAGCUUCGACACUGCUUGCAGCAGCUUUGUGACUUUCUGCUAAAAAGGAAAAGGCUUUCGUUUAUCGCCAGGUCGCCAAACGCUUUCAUGACAAAGACUUCGGAAUGUCUUCCUCCCAGGGCGCCGGCGGUGUUGUGUGAGCUCCUGCCCCCCCCCUCCCCCCAAUGCUGUGUCGCUUGCAGAACGCUCGGGUGUGCGCGAUGGCAGAGAAGAAGGGCGUUUUCCGGCGAAGAGGAUCCUUUUUUUUCUCCGCCGCCGUGAAGAGGACGCACACUGAGUUCGUCUUCUUCCACUCUUUCUUUGUUUGCGUUUUCCGCGAGUUUUUUCCUCUUCCAGGCACUUCCUUCCUACACGCUGUCGCAUCGUUUGCCACCCCCCCUCCUUCGCGCGCGCGCGUAAAUGUGCGUGCCGUCUUUUUUCUCCGUUUUUCCUGUUGAGGCGCUCUAGAUUUUUUCCUUGCGCGCAUCUUUUCUUUUUAUCUCGAGUGCACGACGCCAACACAGGCGCAAGCGGACUCGGUCCUUUUCCAGGUGGCGAGUUCGGAGCCCGGUGUCAGACACCAGAGCCGCAAUUGUUCUUGUCGGCAACGAAGGGCGGUCGGCUUCCGGAGUGCUCCAGGUGCGGUUGACUGUCUCGCUUUCCAGCUUUUCUGCGGCAGACUGCCCUCGCCUUCUUCUGGAAGGAAGGCAAGGCAAAGCCGCCUGUCCUCUCCGAGACGAAGUCCGGCAUCGCAGGCGACUCGCGAGUUCCGCCGACAACACCCCCGAGCGUCGCGCGCUCCCCUCUGUCGAGUUCAGCUGCUUUUUCUCUGGCGCGGCUCCUCGACUUCUCGCAGCAGCACCCACAGUCCAGAUCCUCUUUCUCCCGCAGCGCCUGGGCAUCGCGUCCGUCUCUGCGAACAGAGCGGGGCGGUCCUUCGCACUGGCGCUCGCGCCUCCCAGUUCCCCUGUCCGUCCGGUGGAGGCAAGCGACGAGGCGAGACCUGCUGGCGACUGCACUCGCCGCUCUGCUGCAGUCAUGCACUCCCCGACUCUGUCUGUGACGGCUGAGCACCGCGUCGCUGCAGGAGAUUUUUCUGCGGUCGAUCAGUGCCAUGCAGAGCCUUCUGCCUGCUCGCGCUGCUCUCCUCCAACUCUCUCCGCUGUUCACCCUUCUCCGCCUGUCUUUCCUCACCUGCUGCAGGCACCUCUGGCCGCGCGGCGCGGAAGCGGAGCAGCCGCGGUGAAGGCCUCCGCCGGCCAUGCGCCAGCGUCUCUGCGCGACGCGCACGACGCCGAAGAGACGCCGGAGUCUCGCGCGAGGGAGGCGGGAAGCCGCCGCGACGAGGAACGCGGCCAACCAGAGACUCCAGGUCCCGCCACUGAGUUGCUUUCUUCGCUUCUGAAGAAACGGAGCUUCUUUGCGCGCGCCCACCCAUCCAACGCGCUCGGCUGCGGCGCUGCACCGGCGGCCGCGGGUGUCGGGGCGCCUGAGUCGGAGGCGAGUUGCCACUGUGUGGAGCUGCGGGAGAAGCAGGACGGAACGGAGGAGGCGGGGAGAAGGGAGUUUGCAUCUGGGUCGCCGCUGCGCCUUCCGUCUUUUCCUUCUGCCUCGCGGGUGUGUGGAGAACGCGGGGAAGAGCCGGCGGCGGCGCUCGGAGCAGAGCAGCGGCCGGGAAGCGCAGGCAGGAAACUCGACGCAGGCUUCGCUGCGAGCGUCUGUGGUGCCUCUGCACCUUUCCUUCGUUUCCUGGAGUCUGCUCACUCUUCCGGAGACGACACCCUCGCACCCUGCGCAUGCGCGACGCGAGCGACGCCUCGCUCUUCUCGUCUGUCCGUCGAACAGCUGCCCAACAUGGAGAGACCUGCGGCCUGCCCCCCGUGCGAGACCUCUCCUUGCGCGUUCCGGCCUGCGCCCUCUGCCGCCUGUUCUCAUUGUCACUGCAGUGUCAAGCGAGAAACCUGCGCGGAAUCUCGCUCACAAGAGAAUCGAGAAGAUUCCUCUGCAGGUCGCCUGCCUGUCUCCUGUUCACACUCUUCCUCUUCUCUCCUUCCUCUCGUCACCCAGAUAGAGGGGUCUCCAACCUGGGAGACAAAGAAGAACUUUCGCGGACAGCUUGCUUCUCCGUUUCUCUCCUUUUCUGUCUGCCCGGGAGGUCCGCCGCAUGCGGGGAUUCUGGCCCCGCCGAAGGAGGCUUCGCGGCCGGUUUGGCUCGCGGGUGGCGUCUCUCCGCUUCUCGCUCGAGGGGAGAGCGGCGCCGGCCGCGUCGACGGACUCCGAGAAGAAAUCUUGUUCUUCCAGGAACUGCCGGUAAAGGUGAAGAGUGGAGCGGACCGAGAAGCCUUCGUCUGUCCUCUGACUGUGAAGCUCGCCGUGAGCGGCGGGGCGCAUGGCACUGGCUUCCAGCAAGUGCUGCGCGUCGAGCUGACGGAUCGACAGAACCUGUUCGUCCACUACAGCGCCGAAGUCGGAGAGACGGACUUUGCGCGCAUGCGCAGCGAGCAGCGGCUGUUGAUCGAUUUCCAGGCGUUUCCCGGGAAAUUUGUCGAUUUGCUGGAAGAAUGCGCUUUCUCCUACGCUUCUGCACAAGGCGGCGACACUGGACCGCCUCAGAGACUGGCGGCGGUGUUCAACUGUCCGGGAUUCUGCGGCUCGCGAGCACCGGCUGCACCUGCAGAGACGCAUGCGGGGAAUGCAGAGUUCUCGAGCUUUCUGCCCAGUCUCGAGUGCUGCAGCUCGGGCAAGAUGUCGGCUGUCUCCACCGCUGGAGAGGACGCGUGGUUGAGCUUGGUCGAGAUGAAUUUAUUCAAAGAGUUGACGCAUCUGUCUCUCCGCGUGCGAAAGAGCUCCGACGAAACUCUGAAACUCCACCUCGCCCAACAACUCGCAACUUUCCAAAUCUUCAGUGCCAAGAAAAUGGAGGCAAAUUCGGCGCUCGAGAAACAGUGCAUGCAACUGCAAGAACAGCUCGCGAGUAUCUCUCAUCUUUUCGACGCCUCGCAAGCCGAAAUUGCGCGCUUUGUGGAGGAGACGAAGGAGAAGCAGCAAGAGACUCUGGAGAAGACGCUGGCGGCGCAUGCAGCCGAGGCGGAAGAGGUGGUGAAGCGUUUAGGAGAGGAGCAGCGAGAAGCAGAGGAGAGGCACGCUGCUGAGAGAGAAGAACUCAAGCGCAAAGUCGAAAAAGCUGAACAAGAACUCCUUCUCACGACAGGGCGGAACCGAACAUUGGAGGAGGAGCUUCGGCAGCUGCAGAGCUUGUACGAGGAAGUUCGAAGCCAAGUGGGGGAGGCCGUUGGACGCUGUGGCGAAGUUGAAGGCCGCGAAAAGCAAGAGCGAGAGGGUCGGUGUCUCCUCGAGCAAAGGACGGAGGAACUGCGAGCGGAAGUUGCGAAACUCCGAGAGAGAGAUGUCUCGCACUCUGCGGUGCUAAGGGAGCGAGAGGCGCUGCUCGCGGAACUGCAGGCCCAGAAGGCGGCUCUUCAGGAAACAGUUACGCAGCAGAAGGCGAGGGAGGUCCGACUGGAGGAGGAGCUGAACACGGCGAUCCAAGAAAUUCACCGAGGGAACGACAUCAUCGCGAAACUUCAGCAACAUAUUCGCACCUUCAAAAUGAAGCGAAAGGCGAGAAGCGCAGAUCGACAGGCGUUAGAAAAAGACGUUGCGGCGCUGACGCUGAAGAGCGCGUCUCUUCAGCAGCAGCUUGAGCAGAAGCAUGCAGAAGAGCAACAGAAGAUGGAGCAAGUCGGUGCUCUCUCGCAUCGUUGUGAACAGCUUUCCCUUGAAAUCGAGCAGCUGCAGGAGGAACUUGCUGCUGCAAAAGACGUGAAUCUUCGAUUGAACAAGGAACUGACGACUCGGCAACUGGAAACGUACAUGCGGCGCUAUGGAACAGGCCGCGGUUCUGCGGCGUCUCCGGGAACCUGGGACUCCUCUGCUCUCUCCGGCCUUCCUGCGUCUUCGUUUCCUUCUUCCUUUCCUUCUGGGGAGAAAGAACGACCGAGCUCUGCGGCGACUGCGUCGACGACCUUCUCAGCAUGUGGUGUAUCCCCGACACCGGCGUCGGCCUCCUUGACGCAGGGCGUGGAUGCCAAGAGCCGUGGAGAGGCAGAGGCCGAGAGACAGGGAGAAAGAGAGUUCUCUCGACCUCUCUUCUCUGCAGCGGCGCAAUCCACGCUCGCGGCUCUCGCAGGAAUCGACAGAAGAAGCGACUCGCAUGCGUGUGAAGUUCUGUCUCAGGGGAGAGCGCGGGAAGACACGGUCGAACAACUGAGGACAGGGGCGCUCCACAACGGCCUGCAUGCACAGGCUGCCGGCAGUGGGAUGGACAAGCGAAAUGAAGUCGACGGACGGCGAGAGACAAGCAACUCCAGACGCUGUUUCUCGUCGGGAGGCCAAGGAGACAGUCUAGCUCCGUUUCCGGCUGAGUCAGAAGGUCCUACCUUCGCCGACCGACUGCGCGCAGCGAGCUCGGCGGCGCGACAGCCGCGUUAGGACUCUUCCAUUCGUGCAAAUAUUUUUCGGGAGUUUACGCAGAGACGUUUCCUGUGUUUCUAGUUGAAGGAGCGAAGUCGGAGAACAAGCAAAGAAAGAGAAGAAAGAGAAGAAAGAGGAGAGAGAGGGAGAAGGGGAAGCAAAGAUACAGGAGGCCAGACGAGCCCAUACGAGAGGAAAAGAGUUGCUCAAACGUGGAAGAAAAGAGGCUGAUUUUCGUUCUUUGAGUCGAAAGAUUUGGACCCGCACUUUGUAGUUCACGACACAGGCGCGAGGUUUAUCUUUGAAAAGUGAUCCAAUUUGCAGAUUCCGUUCCUUCGCCGAGAACUGCGUUUCUUCUCUUGUCAAAAUCUCUUCACUUCCCCUUCGCUUCUUCCUUCCUCACUCGUCUCCACGAGCGCGCCUUCAACUUCGUAGAGCACUUGCUCUAGACAGAGACCUUCUGCACUCUGUGAGCGCGAGAAGUCCACCGGCCUCGAAAGUCAAGUACAGCGAAGCUCGGUUCAAAAGAAAUCUUCUCCUCUCCAGCGAGAAUAAACAUCUGAUUCAUCCACCCUUCCGAAAUGGCGGCUCCUAUACCGAAAUCCCAGUGCACACACAGCGAGACCGG